AUGCCCGAUCCCGUGCAAGAACCCGUAUUACAGCUAUGGACAGAGAGCCUAGACGCCGUUGUCGACCAGGCUAUUCGGUCGGUGUCCGACCACCGGGUCAAUGCGUUUGACCUCGCCCGUAUUAAUAGCUUUAUUGACGAUGCCUACCGACGACCAAGUCAUCGGCCGAUCUUCUAUCAUCUCCAGCCCUCCACCAACCAGCGAUAUCGGCGGAUCUGGAAACGCCUUCUCUGCUUUGUGUAUCGCACGGCCCAGCCAAAUCAGCCCAUCCGGCUAGCCCAUAUCCUGACCGAAGCCCAGGCGGACCUUCUGCAGCAGAUGUUAGAACUAGGCCGUCCGCGAACCGACCCGCAUUCGCUUUUUGCCCUCCUUCAUUCGUUGCGCGGGAGUGGGCCCCAUUCCACGCUUUUUGACCGUGCGCCCUUAGUAAAAAAUGCGCUGGACCACAGCAACCUGUCCCGCCAUUCCACGGCUCUUGCGCAUCCUGCGCCAGCGGAAGUCGCCAAAUCUAAUUGA